AAAAUAUAUACAUUUUGGGGUGAAAGAAAAUCUAGUGAGGAAGUACAAAUAUUUUAUCAAUAAAAUUUUAAACUUUAAUAUUAAUAUUGAUGGGCUCCCAAUAGCUAAGUCUUCACGAAGUCAAUGUUGGCCAAUAUUGGGGGAUAUUUUAAUUCAAAAUGUUAACACUGAACCAUUUACCAUUGGAGUUUUCCAUGGUUUUAGCAAACCAAAAGAUUCAAGUGAGUUUUUGAAGUUUUUUUUAGAGGAAUAUAGGAAGUUGGAACAUCAUGGAAUUUCAAUUAAUGGCUCAACUUUUCAAGUAAAACUAAAUUGUGUGAUUUGCGAUGCUCCGGCGAAAGCUUAUGUUCUCAAUAUAUUGGGUCACACUGGCUACUUUUCCUGUACAAAGUGUGUAAGUGAGGGUAACAUGUUUGAAAACAAAGUUGUAUUUGUUAAUGUGAAGGCAGCUCUUAGAACAAAUGAAUCAUUUAGGAAUAAAUUGCAGUCUGAACACCAUCAUGGGCCAUCAGCUUUUGAGAAUUUAAAUAUAGAUAUGAUAACCCAGUUUCCUCUGGAUUAUAUGCAUUUGAUAUUAUUGGGUGUCACAAAAAGAAUUUUAUCUCUAUGGCUUCUUGGUAAUAAAGAAGUACGGUUAACAAAAACACAAAUUGCACAGCUAGAGGAAUCCUAUGUAUCAACAAAAGGAUAUAUAACAUCAGAUUUUGCCAGAAAGCCUCGCAGUUUUACAUCUUUGGCCAUGUGGAAAGCUACAGAGUUUAGGUUAUUUUUAUUAUAUGUUGGUCCUGUGGUUCUAAAAAACAUUUUAGGUAGAAAAGCUUAUUCCCAUUUUUUGUGUUUAGUAGUGGCUGUGAGGCUUUUGUCUAACAAUGAUAUAUCAGCAGAAAAUAUAGAAUAUGCAAAGGAAUUAAUGACUUAUUAUGUGUAAAAAUUUGGAUAUUUUUUUGGCUAUGGCCAGUACACACAUAAUGUUCACAAUCUAAUUCAUAUUGCUGAUGACGCAAGUAAUCAUGGGUGUUUAGACAAAUUUAGUUCCUUCAAAUUUGAGAAUAAAUUUACACAAUUUAAAAAUAUGUUAAAAAAUUCUAGGUAUCCACUACAACAAUUAUAUAAUCGAAUUUCUGAAGAACUGUGAGUAGAUGAACCAAUAGAGAUAAGAAAAUAUCCAAAAGUUUUUUUAAAGAAAAAUAAAAUUGUUAGGGUUCAAGUAAGCUUCACUACAUUUUCCCUUAAGUUUAACGAAAAUUGCUGCAUUUUAAAAAAUAAAAAAAUAUGUCUAAUUGAUUCUUUUUCAAAAAUAGGAGACGAUCUGAUGUGUUUUGGUAAGUUUUAUACAAGUUCCAAACCCUUUUUUAGUGCUCCUGGUGAUUCAACCAUACUCGGAAUAUUUCAGGUGAAUAAUAGUCAAUUGUCCAACAAAUUAAUUUCCUUCAGCGUUCAUGAAAUUUCUAAUAAGUGUUUGAAGUUAGUUGACGGAUGUGAUAUAGUAGUUAUACCUCUUCUUCAUCAUUUAUAAUAUAAAAAUUUAUACUAUAUCAGGGUGUUACAAAUUUGAGUGUGUGCAUGGGGAUCUCGGAAACCAUAAGAGAUAAUAUAUGAGGUUGAAUAAAUUGAGGCAAAGUUGCACAAUUUCAUCCUAACAAAAUAUCGUUUUGAAAAUUUAAAAAUUUUGAAUAGUACUAGAAAUAUUUGGAAUAAACCAAAAUUUCACAAAAGCGUUUUUAUUCUUAUUUUUUUUUUGAGCCCUUUUGAAGAGAUAUCCUUUCGGAUAUCCCAAAAUAAAUAUCACUUCAUCGUUGCCACUUUUUCUUUUCUACAAGAUGCUACCAUCAAAUUUGAAAUCUGACGUUUCGUUUUGGGCCACCAUCAUCAACUUCAUUUUUUUAAAUACGGACUUUUAAUUUUAGAUUUUAUAAGCUUCUGAUGUCCCAAAACCAAUGAUGUAUUGCACCGCGUAUUGCACUUAUUGGAAUAAUUUAUAUUAUUGUCAAUUAUUGUCACGUUCCAUAAGAACUAAAUAUGUUACAUCAUGGGUUUUGGGACACUAGAAUAAAGUUUGUGAUGAUGGCCCAAAGACGAAAUGCCAUAUUUCAAAUUUGAUGGUUAUAUUAGCAUUUGUAGAGGAGAAAAAGUGGCAAUGAUGAAGCGACAUUUAUUUUGGGAUAUCUCUUGAAAUAGGCUCAGAAAAAAAUAAAAACGCUUUUGUAAAAUUUUGGUUUAUUCCGAAUAGUUCCAGAACUAUCCAGAGUUUUUAAAUUUUCAAAACGGUAUUUUGUUAAGCAUCAAGAUGCGCAACUUUGCCUCAAUUGAAUAGACCUCGCAUCUCUUAUGGUUUCCAAUAUCCCCAUGCACACACUCAAAUUUGUAACACCUGUGUGCACUACAAUACAUACCAUCCAAUGUUUUCUAAGGUCAAUCAUUGGAAUCACAGAACAUGCCUAAAUUGUUUUUUUUUUAGAAGUAAUUCAAUUCUGUGUAGGUACAGGGUCUUCCAAGGGGUCUUCCAAUAAGGACUGAGCAGGAGCUUGUUUUUGACCUUCCUUGUAUUUUUCAAAAAAAUCUACAAUAGCCGAUCAAAUCACAAGCUUUAUCGAAUAAAAUACCAGCAGAGAAAAAAAUAUUUCCUAAGAUUUUUCAUAUUUAAUGGUAUUCAUCAACCUUCUUUCUGGUCAAAUGUUUUUUUUUCCAACAAUUCAAAUUCUAUAAAAUACAUCGAGUGGCUAAUUCUAACUUUUUUUAAAAAUACAAGGGAAGUCAAAAAUUAACCCCUUUUAGUACUUGUUGCCCUGUACAGGGUGUUACCUUAUAUUUUGACCCUUACCUACAGCUUUAGCUAUAUGAGGUGGAAAAAAACUUUAAAUAUGAAAGUUGUAGGGUUUUAUGUCUAUUAUCUUUUGCGAAUGCCAAAAUGGGCAAGUGACAGGUGCCAACUGUCAUAAUGACAAACCCUUGCAUUUUUCAAAUGGAACACCUUGUAUAUCUUUGGCUAGAAUGAUAGAUUCUUUUCUUCUGAUUCCAAAUAUACCAUAUAUAUUGAUAUUUGAUUCAGCUGUUUUUAUGCUAUUCAAGUUUACCCUUUAUUUAAUCUGUCCGGGUUUCUUAUACCAAUGAUGAGGCUUGCUCAAUGCAAUUUUAAAAUUAAAUAGCGCAAUAACAACUGAACCAAAUAUCAACAUAGUAUGGUAUAUUGUAUUUGGAAUCAGAAACAAAGCUAUCAUUCUAGUCAAAAAAAAAAAAAUUCCACCUCGUAUAGCUAAAGCUGUAAGUAGGGGUCAAAAUAUAAGGAAACAUUUUUGGUAGAUUUUCAACAACAAACAUUGGCUCCUAGCAGUAAUGAUACUUUUUCAAGUUUGCAAAUCCAUUUGGUUCUAUUGGUAUUGUAUUGGAAUUUAUACAGAAUCCGAAUAUCUUUUAAAAUUAGAUACCUACAACUUCUUUUUUGUUGUAGUAAAUUAAGUUGAUCGCCCAUCGUUCCAACUUAGUUUUUAUUAUUAUAAUUAUUUAUUAUUAUUUUUAUUUUUAGUUACAUUAAGUUAGAUUAAAAUGGCAAAAAAAUACGCUGUGAUAUAUUUUCCUGCAGAGAAUAUUUAUUCAGAAAUUCCAACGUCCUGGCUCACUCCAGACAAGGAGUACUGCUGGUGGCCAAAUUCAAUAAACUGCAAAUCAUUCAUGACCAGAGAUGAACCUCCAGAUGAAUCCACCUGGGCUCGUCACAGAAUUAAAUUUGAAGUUUAUGCCUCCACUUUAGAAAGUGCCCGUAGAAAGGCAGAAAAUCCGUCGUAUAUGACAGGCGGAGAAGAACUGGUGCCUAAGAUAAGAACUAGGAAACUUCGGACAAUAAGCAGCAACAGCAGCAGCUGUUCUGAGACAAUUACUCCACCCCCUUCACCAAAAAAAUUGAAAAAAAAGAAAUUAACAUCCACUAAUCAGCUCAAAAAGGUGAUGGCCCUUGGUGAGCAAACGGAAAUCCCUGCUGAACAAGAAAUUCAGGAAACAAUCAAACUUCCCAACCCACCUGGCCAGGAAAAAAAAAAAAUGGAAAAUUCAACAUGUAGUGGGAAUACAAAACAACUUGACGAAUUGCUAGUUGCUGUUGAAAAACUAAGCCUCACUGUUGCAAACAUGCAAAAAUAUAUUAUCAGCAUUGAUAAUAGAUUAAAAACAAUAAAUGCUGAAGAAGGCAGGGUAGUGGCGGACAAAGUGAUGGAAAAUUUAAACAAAAAUUUACCAUUGACGUCUACGGAAAACGUACCGGAAUUUGAUGAAAUGAUGGAAAAUGAAGACUUUAAAAAUACCUAUGUACAGUUUAUCAAGCGCAUUGGAGGGCGAGAUUUCAAAGACCAUGUGAAUAGGUCCUUGCCAAAAAUAUUCACCAAUGACCUGGGUAAAAAAUGCUCUUAUAUCGGAUUGAGAGGAAAUUAUAAACUGCAAAAGUUUAAUUUUAUGCGAAUUUUCGUAGAUAUUAUUAUGGUACAGCACUCGGCUACCCUACACGAAGUAGAAAAAAGUGUGGGAGAAUGGUUCCGGUUGUCCAAUCAAAGAAAAAAGAGGGUAGAAAAAAAUUCAAAAGAUUGAAUUCUAAAAUGAAAAUUUAAACCUUUUUCCUUUAGUAAUAAGUUGUUUUCAUCAUUUCUUGGAAUGAAUGAUUUGUUUUUUUUUUAUUUUAGUUUUAAGAGUUAGAUUAUAACAUUUUAAGUUUUUUUUAUAGUCUAUUUUUGAGAAAGAAAGAGUUAUUACUAUUAGUAAUGCAUCAGAAUGUUGUUUUCCAUUUUAUAAAUACAUAUUAUUCAAAACUAUUCUUGCAUUAGUCUUUUUCUUUAACCUUCCUUUUCCUUGAAAGUGAGUUGAGUACUUAUAUUUUUUUCUUUGUCAGUGUGCCAUGGCUGUUGAUUCUGCUUUGAGUCCACGUGGAUAGAACAAAAAACUGGUAG